GACAGGAGCAGUAUCAAAAAUAGGUGACACAGGUAAUGACAGGAGAGGAAGAGGGAGACCCAGAGAGGACUGUACUGAAGACUUCUUUCUACUAGCAGCCAAGGGACUUGGAAAGGAGUGUGGUUGUAGAGUGAUAACACUGCAUCUGAGCUGAUACUUUCUGCUCCUCCACCUUCCUGUCUCUCACUGGAGCUCUGUGACCUUUCCAAACACCAUUUCAGUAGCUUCCGUGGCUCUGAAUGGCUGGUGAAGAGGAAUGUUUAGUCUAAUGGCCAAUUGCUGUAACUGGUUAAAACGGUGGCAGGAGCCUGUCAGGAAAGUGACACUAGUGAUGGUGGGACUUGAUAAUGCUGGUAAAACUGCUACAGUGAAAGGAAUCCAAGGAGAAAUUGCCUUCUGAUGAAAUAUAACCCAAAAGGCAUACAUCAUUAAACGUUAUAUAAAGUAAACUUUAGUCUCCUGAAGAUGUAGCUCCAACAGUUGGAUUUUCUAAAAUUGACCUGAAACAGGGAAGAUUUGAAGUUACUAUCUUUGACCUAGGAGGUGGAAAACGAAUACGAGGCAUCUGGAAGAAUUACUAUGCUGAGGCAUAUGGGAUAAUAUUUGUUGUGGAUUCGAGUGACACAGAGAGAAUGGAAGAGACGAGAGAGACCAUGACUGAAGUUUUAAGGCAUCCUAGGAUAUCUGGGAAGCCUAUGUUAGUACUGGCAAAUAAGCAGGACCGAGAAGGGGCAUUAGCAGAAGCAGAUGUAAUUGAGUGCUUAUCCCUGGAGAAACUUGUCAAUGAACAUAAAUGCUUGUGUCAGAUCGAGCCUUGCUCGGCUGUCAUGGGAUAUGGGAAAAAAGUUGACAAAUCUAUAAGGAAAGGUCUGUAUUGGCUGCUACAUACUAUAGCAAAAGAUUUUGAUGCCUUAAAUGAGCGCGUCCAAAAAGACACAACAGAGCAAAAAGCAUAUGAGGAACAAGAGAAACGAGAACGAGCUGAACGAGUAAGGAAAAUACGAGAAGAAAGAGAACAGAACGAGAGAAAAGAAACUGAAUGUGAAGGAAGAAGUAUAUCUAAGGAGGUUGACUCUGAACCAAUUUCUGGCAAUCCUUUCCAGCCAAUAUCUACUGUAAUCAUGGAGAAUGAAAAAAUAAUUGAAAAAGAGAAGAGGCAGAGAAUGGACAUUGAAAAGGAUACCAUUGCACUGAAAUCUGAAACAGGGCAGGAGCAAAUGGACACACACAGCCUGACAAGCAGCUGUAGCCAAAAAACAAACGAUUAUAGACUGAUGGAAACAUUCAAAUCUGCACUCACACAGCAGUUGGAGCGUGAAGAAGAGGGUGACCAACAAACCUCAGAAUGCCUUGAAUCAGAUAAUAGUAAAAAGAAAACAAAGAAAUUAAAGUUAAAAAGAAGUCACAGAGUGGAACCGGUCAGUUCAGAGGAAGCUGUUCCCAAGAAUCCAACGCCACCUCCACCUCUUCCACCAGUUGGCUGGGGAACCCCCAAAGUUAAUAGACUUCGAAAACUUGAACCUCUUGGUGAAACCCGUCAUGCUGAUUUCUAUGGAAAGCCUUUACCUCCAUUGACUAUACGGCAGAGACCGAACAGUGACACCCAUAAUGUCAUUUCUUAACAAGAUCACAUGCUGCAUUUUUAAUCACAAAAUGACAUUAAAGAGUUUUCCUACUUAAAAAAAAUUGAUAUUGCUUAAAAAUUGCUGAGAGAUGAGACAAUAAGAACCCAUUUUGUUUUCUGUUGUGGGUUAGUUCUACUGGACUUGAUUAAUCGGAUUUUCUACUGGCAUAUUAGUUACCGUUCACAUUCUCACCAGCUCUUCUUCAGUGGUUAACAGGGUGAUGGAGAACAGAAAUGUUUGAGAGCACUUGCAUGCACAUGGAAUUUGGGAUCAGGUUGGUACUGUUAGGUUUCAUAUUGGGGUUUACUUGCCAGACUAUAUAGCUGUAACCCUGAAGAAGAACACCUUCAAGACCAAAUGCAGUUGGAUUGUGUGUGCAGAUCAAGACUGUUGUUCAGAUAUUGUGUAGUAAUCUGUAUUUCUACAGAUAAUUUUAAGGCAUUUUGUAAAGUGUGUGCAUGUUAGAGUGAAUAUAGGGAAUUAUAUGCUAUAAAUGUUAACUAUAUUUUUAUAAUUUUUCUAAUAUUUGACUUGGGAAUUUGAGUUAACAUUAAUGCCUGUUACUCACCAUCAGAAUGGUGCCUAGGAAAUGUUACACAUGUAUUAAUAGCUUUACCCAUCUGAGUAUAUUGACUUCUAUGUUUACCCUACAAUAGCAAUACAUUUUGGCUGGGAUUUACAUCACCAGUUACCCUAGCUGUUCAUACAUUGCCUUUCUGGAAGUCUGAGGUUUUUAAGAAACUGAUUUUACACAUAAUUAUGGUAUUUGAAAGGGCUGUUUAAAAGUUUUCUUGUAGAUUAUUUUGUUUUGUUAAAUGGGAGAUGGCAUGCAUACUAAAUGUGUGUUCAAAUAUCUUAAUCAAAUAUAUUAUGUGCUAUAAGAUACAAUUGCACACACUUGAGAUUUUGAACUGCAAGAAUUCUGGUGAAAAAUUAUAUCAGUCCACAUAUUUAUUUAACAUGAACUAUAAAACACUGAAAAUGGCAUAUUGAAAAUGUAAAAUCAAAGCAUUUUAAUCCAGAGUAAUGAGCCCAAUUCUGACCUUCCAAAUAUGCCCCUCGUUUAAAAAAAAUAGUGGUAUGUUGAAGGAGAGAAUUGGAUUUACUGUACU